AGUGAAGCCUGUCCACGUUGGUGACCCCAUCUUCCCCACUCCGCUUUGUUCACAGGAGAAGAGAUGUCUUUCAAGGGCGCACGGUUCAGCAUGAGGAACAGAAGGAACGGCACCCCGGACAGCACCCGGACCCUGUACUCCAGCGCGUCCCGGAGCACCGACGUGUCCUACGCCGAGAGCGACUUGGUGAGUUUCAUCGAAGCAAAUUUUAAGAAACGGGAGUGUGUCUUCUUUACCAAAGAUUCCAAGGCCACGGAGAAUGUGUGCAAGUGUGGCUACGCCCAGAACCAACACAUAGAAGGCACCCAGAUCAACCAAAACGAGAAAUGGAAUUACAAGAAACAUACCAAGGAAUUUCCCACCGAUGCUUUUGGAGAUGUUCAGUUUGAGACUCAGGGGAAGAAAGGGAAGUAUAUCCGACUGUCCUGCGACACGGACGCGGAGACGCUGUACGAGCUGCUGACCCAGCACUGGCACCUGAAAACACCCAACCUGGUCAUUUCCGUGACUGGCGGCGCCAGAAACUUCGCCCUGAAGCCGCGCAUGCGCAAGAUCUUCAGCCGCCUGAUCUACAUCGCGCAGUCGAAAGGUGCCUGGAUUCUCACUGGAGGCACCCACUAUGGGCUGAUGAAGUUCAUCGGGGAGGUGGUGAGAGAUAACACCAUUAGCAGGAAUUCGGAGGAGAACAUUGUGGCCAUUGGCAUCGCCGCUUGGGGCAUGGUCUCCAAUAGGGACACCCUUAUCAGGAAUUGUGAUGUGGAGGGAUAUUUUUCAGCUCAGUACAUUAUGGAUGACUUCAAGAGAGACCCUCUGUACAUCCUGGACAACAACCACACCCACCUGCUGCUCGUGGACAAUGGCUGCCAUGGGCACCCCACGGUGGAGGCAAAGCUCCGGAAUCAGCUGGAGAAGUACAUCUCCGAGCGCACGAUUCAAGAGUCCAACUACGGUGGCAAGAUCCCCAUUGUGUGUUUUGCCCAAGGAGGUGGGAAAGAGACUUUGAAAGCCAUCAAUACCUCCGUCAAAAGUAAGAUCCCCUGCGUGGUGGUGGAAGGCUCGGGGCAGAUCGCCGAUGUGAUCGCGAGCCUGGUGGAGGUGGAGGAUGUCCUGACGUCAUCCAUCAUCAAGGAGAAGCUGGUGCGCUUCUUGCCCCGCACGGUGUCCCGGCUGCCUGAGGAGGAGACCGAGAGUUGGAUCAGAUGGCUCAAAGAAAUUGUCGAAAGUUCUCACCUAUUAACAGUUAUUAAAAUGGAAGAAGCAGGGGAUGAAAUUGUGAGCAAUGCGAUCUCCUAUGCGUUGUACAAAGCCUUUAGCACCAAUGAACAAGAUAAGGAUAACUGGAAUGGGCAGCUUAAGCUUCUACUGGAGUGGAACCAGCUGGACAUAGCCAAUGAUGAGAUUUUCACCAAUGACCGCCGAUGGGAGUCCGCUGACCUUCAGGAAGUCAUGUUUACAGCUCUUAUAAAGGACAGACCCAAGUUUGUCCGCCUCUUUCUGGAGAACGGCUUGAACCUGCGGAAGUUCCUCACCAACGACGUCCUCACGGAGCUCUUCUCCAAUCACUUCAGCUCCCUGGUGUAUCGAAACCUGCAGAUCGCCAAGAAUUCCUAUAAUGAUGCCCUCCUCACCUUUGUCUGGAAACUGGUUGCUAACUUCCGAAGAGGCUUCCGGAAGGAAGACAGGAAUAGCAGAGAUGAAAUAGACAUAGAGCUCCAUGAUGUGUCUCCUAUUACUCGGCACCCCCUGCAAGCACUCUUCAUCUGGGCCAUUCUUCAGAACAAGAAGGAACUCUCCAAAGUCAUCUGGGAGCAGACCAGGGGCUGUACUCUGGCCGCCCUGGGGGCCAGCAAACUUCUGAAGACUCUGGCUAAGGUGAAGAAUGACAUCAACGCUGCGGGGGAGUCGGAGGAGCUGGCAAACGAGUACGAGACCCGGGCAGUGGAGCUGUUCACAGAGUGUUACAGCAGCGAUGAGGACUUGGCGGAACAACUCCUGGUCUAUUCCUGUGAAGCCUGGGGUGGAAGCAGCUGUUUGGAGCUGGCGGUGGAGGCAACCGACCAGCAUUUCAUUGCCCAGCCCGGGGUCCAGAAUUUUCUUUCCAAGCAGUGGUAUGGAGAGAUUUCCCGAGACACCAAGAACUGGAAGAUUAUCCUGUGUCUGUUUAUUAUACCCUUGGUUGGCUGUGGCUUUGUAUCAUUUAGGAAGAAGCCCCUGGACAAGCACAGGAGGCUCCUGUGGUACUACGUGGCCUUCUUCACCUCCCCGUUCGUGGUCUUCUCCUGGAACGUGGUCUUCUACAUCGCCUUCCUCCUGCUCUUCGCCUACGUGCUGCUCAUGGAUUUCCACUCUGUGCCCCACGCCCCGGAGCUAGUCCUCUACGCUCUCGUCUUCGUCCUGUUCUGUGAUGAAGUGAGACAGUGGUGCGUGAACGGCGUGAAUUACUUUACCGAUCUGUGGAACGUCAUGGAUUCACUCGGGCUUUUCUACUUCAUAGCGGGGAUUGUCUUUCGGCUCCACCCCGCUAACAAAACCUCACUGUACUCUGGACGAGUGAUUUUUUGCCUGGAUUACAUUAUCUUCACCCUAAGGUUGAUUCACAUUUUCACAGUCAGCAGAAAUUUAGGACCCAAGAUUAUAAUGUUGCAGAGGAUGCUGAUCGACGUGUUCUUCUUCCUGUUCCUCUUUGCUGUGUGGAUGGUGGCCUUCGGUGUGGCCAGGCAGGGGAUCCUUAGACAGAACGAGCAUCGCUGGAGGUGGAUCUUCCGCUCAGUCAUCUAUGAGCCCUACCUGGCCAUGUUUGGCCAAGUGCCCAGCGAUGUGGACGGUACCACGUACGACUUCUCCCACUGCACCUUCACUGGGAACGAGUCCAAGCCCCUGUGCGUGGAGCUGGAUGAGCACAACCUGCCCCGCUUCCCCGAGUGGAUCACCAUCCCCCUGGUGUGCAUCUACAUGCUGUCCACCAACAUCCUGCUGGUCAACCUGCUGGUCGCCAUGUUCGGCUACACCGUGGGCACCGUCCAGGAAAACAACGACCAGGUCUGGAAGUUCCAGAGGUACUUCCUGGUGCAGGAAUACUGCAGCCGCCUCAACAUCCCCUUCCCCUUUGUGGUCUUCGCCUACUUCUACAAGGUGGUCAAGAAGUGCUUCCGGUGCUGCUGCAAAGAGAAGAACAUGGAGCCCUCCGCCUGCUGUUUCAGAAAUGAAGACAACAUGACUCUGGCAUGGGAGGGUGUCAUGAAAGAAAAUUACCUUGUCAAGAUCAACACAAAAGCCAGCGACCCGUCAGAGGAAAUAAGGCAUCGUUUUAGACAGCUGGAUACAAAGCUUAAUGACCUCAAAGGUAUUCUGAAAGAGAUUGCUAAUAAAAUCAAAUAAAACCGCAUGGACUCUGAUGGAGAAAAAUUUAAUUCUAGCAAGGUCGCAUCAGAUGUCUGCAUGGAGAAGAUUUGAGGGAUCCUGCUGAACAGUUGCAUCUUGACAACAGCUGUGUUUCUGACUAAGCGAGAAUUGUUCAGGCCCCUGGGUGCACCUUGAUGGCUUUAAUCACUCCAGUGUGCUCAGUCUGAGGAGAAAAUGUGUCCCCGAUUUCACUCAAGAAAAUGGAUGUAAAGGAAGAACAUUUCCUGCUUCCCCCAGGCCGCCCUGUUGCUCUCCACGUCUCCGGGGCCAGAGCCCUCUGUGGAUGGUCUGAGCUGCCCUGUGUUCUCCCGUUUCCUCCUCUUGUCCUCCUUGGACCCAUGCAUGCUAGGGAAUGUCUCUCCUAGGAAUAGCAACCUGGUCCUGCUUUCUCUCCUGGAUCCUUACUUUGUCUUCAACUGAUUCUCUUUUGUUUCCUUUUUUUUUUUUUUUUGUAAUAUGUGACUAGCUGUCACAGUGUUAAACGUUUCUGCAGUCAGGUCAGAUUCUAAGAUGUGCUACAGCUAGAGGACUCUGGUUUUUUUCAGGAGAAACUCUUAUCAUUGCUCUCUAUGAUUUUAAUCAUUAAAGCAGGUGAUAAAGCAUCGUCUUCCUGGACGUGCCCCAGGAACCCCACUUGACGGAAGUACCCUCUUCCUAGCAGUGUGAAAAGGCACCUGAAGGUGACCUCCCCAGAGGCGCGUCUGAUUUUGUUUUCACUGAGUGUCCCCCUGCUUAUUAUUUUCCCAUUAUAAAUAAUUCAUGGGUAUGAUAGGAAAUUCCUGGGUAUUGUACAAAACGUAGACUAUGAGGAAAGUAGAAAAUAUAAACAGUCUCAUUAUCUGAAGAUAAUCACUGCUAACAAGUCAGGGUGUUUUUCCUUUUUUUUUUUCUAUGCAUGUUUUAUGUCUCUUUUAAAAUUUUAUAUAAAGUCAGCAUACCACAUAUACAUUUUACAUAAGCUUUUUCACUUAAUAUUUUAUCCAAAAUGUACUCCUUAUAUACAGGGUCUUAAACUUUAUAUUAACACUUGCUUGCUAUUCAGUCUCUAGUGAUUUCUGCUAUGUUGGUCAUUAAAGGUGGUUUCUUGUUGCCCAAUGGGGUGAGCAUCUAUGCGUAUGAAUCUUUUUCCACAGUUGGGAAAAUUUCCCAUGGCUAGAUUCCCAGGAAUAUGUACUUCUUAUUAAACUAUUUAUAAGUUUUUUUCCAGAAAUGUUUAGCAAAUACGAAUUGUUAGCUUGAUAUCAGUUCAGUUCAGUUGCUCAGUUGUGUCCAACUCUUUGUGACCCCGUGGACUGUGGCAUGCCAGGCCUCCCUGUCCAUCACCAAUUCCCGGAGUGCCAGGCCUCCCUGUCCAUCACCAAUUCCCGGAGUUUACUCAAAUUCAUGUACAUUGAGUCAGUGAUGCCAUCCAACCAUCUCAUCCUCUGUCAUCCCCUUCUCCUCCCGCCUUCAAUAUAAGUCUUAUCAAACUAUUUAUAAGGCUUUUUCAGAAAUGUUUAGCAAAUGGGAAUUAUUAACAUGAUACAGAACCUAGAACUCCUAAGAUAAAAUAUUGCAUUUAAUCCUUAGUUUAGGAAGAAACCAGUAUACUUAUUUCAGUAUUAUAGAGGGUGAGGGCAUUGGUAUAGAAUUCAAGGUAUUAUGUUAUUGAAUGCCUGUAGUCCUAGCUUUGUCUGGAAGUGGUGUUUUCUUUGCACAAAAGAAGUACAUAAAGUUAUUUUAACAUUCGUGAUUAGUUUUUCCACUUUGAAUAGAAUGUACUCAGUGGCUAAAGAAGAAAAUUUUAGAAGGAAGCUAUUAAAUGAUUAUCUCAUUAGAAAAACUACAAAAGCAUGAACCAAAAAAAUGUUUUUCUGUUUUGUCUGGGCAGUAGUUAAAAUGACUCCUCACAACACUCAUGAUGUUUGUAGGGAAUGAACACAAAUAAAAGGUGUCUUUUUACCUAAACUUCUUUAAUGACCUGACAAGGAAUCUUAGUGGUGGGGAUGAUCAAUUCAUGGUUUUGGAUUCUGAAAGGUGGAAUAAAAUUUACUUGGCAAAAAUUGUCGAUGAAUCGAAUUUUCAAGUUUUCUCUGUUAGCGAGAGAAUUUUGUUUUUGUUUCACCAUGGCAACUAGAAGAACUGCCUUUUCUGAAUCCACCAAGACGAGGCUUGUGUUAUCGCCAUAGUGACUGGAAAAAAAAACAAAGUAUUUGGCCCUGUCCAUAAGACCACGUAGAGAAUGACAACCAUCCCAACCUUUUAUCCUCAAUUCAAAUGGUGAAUGUGAAUAAAAUCAGUAACUUGAAAACCUCCUAGAAGAUGAAACUUAGCAUAACUCUUGGCUGAUCUCCUUAAAUGUGCUUGUCCCUGUGUUCACGUUUUCACAGACUGUGCUUUUGUUAGUGUAAGAAAUAGGCCGUGUGCACAUCAAUAUCGUGAGUAAAAGCAACUGCUCCGUUGACGCUAAUGACGGAGAACUUGAACGACGCGCGGAGUUCACUUGGGGGAGCUGCCCAGUUGUUUCCAGCUCGGCUUGCCUGGCGGAGGUUUUCGCGUGGUUCCUCUCCGUGAUCUCUGUGCAGGACAAGUCCUUGUUUUGGGUGCAGCUCAUGAAAACAGCACGUGUCUUGGCUGCACCUCUAAUCAAAGGUGCUGUCUUUGUAUCUGGUACUGAAGGUGUCCUGGGCGUGUGUACACGGCUGCUGUUAGCCUUGCGGCUUGGUUCAAAUGACUGUGUUGAAUUAAAUGAGGAGGAAAUGUCA